AUGUCCGCUACCGAGCCUGUGGUCGUCAUUGACGGCAAGGGACACCUUCUUGGUCGCCUGGCCAGCACUGUCGCUAAGCAGCUGCUGAACGGCCAGAAGAUCGUCGUCGUGAGAUGUGAGGCCCUCAACAUCUCGGGCGAGUUCUUCCGCGCCAAGCUGAAGUACCACGCCUACCUCCGCAAGAUGACUCGUUUCAACCCCACUCGCGGUGGUCCCUUCCACUUCCGUGCCCCCUCCCGCAUCCUCUACAAGGCUGUCCGCGGCAUGAUCCCCCACAAGACCCCCCGUGGCGCCGCCGCCAUGGAGCGCCUGAAGGUCUUCGAGGGUGUUCCCCCCCCGUAUGACAAGAAGAAGCGCGUCGUCGUUCCCCAGGCCCUCCGUGUCCUCCGUCUGCGCCCCGGCCGCAAGUACUGCACCGUCGGUCGUCUGUCCCACGAGGUCGGCUGGAAGUACCAGGAUGUUGUCGCCAGACUCGAGGAGCGGAGAAAGGUUAAGAGCAGUGCAUACUACGAGCGCAAGAAGGCCGCUCGUCGCCAACUCGUCCACGCCCAGAAGUCGGCGGGUGUUAACGAGCAGACUAAGAGCCAGCUCGCUCAUAUCCAGGCUGAGGCUAUCUAUCACGUUACCGCCAACAAGCAGGUCUUGCGCAGGUCGUAUAUGGAGACGGCGGACAGGGCACGCGGUCUGGCAUUUUAUAUCAAGAAGCGCGGAUACAAGCGGGUUGGUAUCUUGUGUCCGAAUACGCCUGCUUUCUUGGAGUCGAUUUAUGGAAUUGCUGCCGCUGGGGCGGUCAAUGUUUCUGUAAACUACCGUCUGAAGGAAGACGAUAUCGACUACAUCUUCAACCACUCCGACGUGGAUGCCAUCAUUGCCGACCAGGAGUAUCUGCCGCUUCUCCAGUCGUUCCGGAACGCAAGGCCCGGGUUCCCCGUUAUCGUCGACACCGAUACGGACGCCACCGAGGGCCAGCUGUCCGGUCCCUUUGACGAGGCCGUCUUGGAAGGCCUGCAGCAUGAUAUCGACACUGGCUCCCAAGGCUGGGUCGGCCUUGAGGCCCAGGCGGCUUCUGAGGACGAUGUCAUGGCCCUGGCUUACACCAGUGGCACCACCGCCCGCCCUAAGGGUGUCGAGUUUACCCACCGUGGCUGCUACCUCGGCACCAUGGGCAAUGUGAUCGAGUCGGGUCUCAAUCAGCAGCAGGGCCGCUGUCGCUAUCUGUGGACUCUGCCCAUGUUCCAUGCUAUGGGCUGGACAUUCCCCUGGGCUGUCACGGCUGUCCGUGGCACUCACUACUGUCUGCGCAAGAUCGACUACCCCGAGAUCUGGAGACUGCUCAAGCAGGAGCAAGUCACCCACUUCAACGCCGCCCCCACGGUGAACACCCUGCUCUGCAACGCUCAGGAGGCCGAGCGCCUUUCCCACCCCGUCUACGUUACCGUGGCCGCCAGCCCGCCGUCCCCCCACCUGUUCGAGCAGAUGACAGGACUCAACCUGCACCCGGUGCACGUGUACGGCAUGACGGAGACCUACGGCCCCAUCACCAAGGGGUACCACAUGGCCUCGUGGGAGAACCUGCCGCGCGACGAGCGGUACAAGCGCAUGGCGCGACAGGGCCACGGCUUCGUGACGAGUCUGCCGGCCCGCGUGAUCAAGACCGAGGUGCCCGAGGGGACCAUCAUCGACGUAAGCCGCAACGGCAAGGAGAUCGGCGAGAUUGUCUUCAACGGAAAUAUCUGCGCGCGCGGCUACUACAAGGACCCCGAGGCGACGCGGAAGCUCUUUGCGGGUGGUGUGCUCCACUCGGGCGAUCUGGCUGUGUGGCACCCCGAUGGGGCGAUCCAGAUUAUGGACCGCGCCAAGGAUAUUAUCAUCAGUGGCGGUGAAAACAUCUCCUCAGUCGCCCUCGAAUCGAUGCUGGUGACCCACCCCGACAUCCUGGAGGCGGCGGCGAUCGCCGUCCCGGAUUCGCACUGGGGCGAGCGGCCCAAGGCCUACGUGACGGUGAAGCCCGGCAAGCAGCUGGAAGGGCCGGCGGUGAUCGCGUGGGCGCGGACGGUCAGCGAGAUCAGCAAGUUCAUGAUCCCGCGGGAGGUGGCCGUUGUGCCGGAAUUGCCCAAGACGAGCACGGGCAAGGUGCAGAAGAAUGUGCUGCGGGAGUGGACCAAGAGUGGUCGUUAG